GGACACCAGCUUACCUGGCCUGGCUUACCUAACCGUUGAUCAGGCGCUGGCAGAUCUGGCCCAGUUUAUUGAGUACGUCAAGAGCGACAACUUUGAAAAUGGACGAUACAGACUACCUCAGGUCUUGCGAAAAAGAACCAAAGUUACUGUUAUAGCUCGUAGAAUGAGCUUGCAGAAGUUGCAAUGGAUUGGUCGCCUGUGUCGAGGAUUGAUGAUGGAGCAAACCGAUCUCAGAGUGGAGACUGUAGGACGUUUCCAGGACAACUGA